AUGCGGUCCUACCUGACGCCCUGCAUCAACGACUGCGGCGCCUACGGCCAGUGCAAGCUCCUGCGCACCAACAACUACCUGUACGCGGCCUGCGAAUGCAAAGCAGGGUGGGACGGUUGGGGCUGCACGGACAACAGCCAGGCGUACUCCUACAGUUUCCAGCUGCUGUCGACGCUGCUGCUGUGUCUGUCCAACCUCAUGUUCGUGCCCCCCGUGGUCAUCGCGGUCCGCAGCCACUACCUGCUGGAGGCCUCCGUCUACAUCUUCACCAUGUUCUUCUCCACGUUCUACCAUGCGUGUGACCAGCCGGGGAUCGUGGUCUUCUGCAUCAUGGAGUACGACGUGCUGCAGUUCUGUGACUUCCUGGGUUCCCUCAUGUCCGUGUGGGUCACCGUCAUCGCCAUGGCGCGCCUCAAGGCCAUCAUCAAACAGGUGCUGUAUCUGCUGGGGGCCAUGUCUCUGUCCAUGGCUCUGCAGUUGGACCGUCAUGGACUGUGGAACCUGCUGGGACCCAGUCUGUUUGCUCUGGGCAUCAUGGCCGUGGCCUGGACCGUGCGCACCGUCCGCCGCCGCCGCUGCUACCCGCCGACCUGGAAGCGCUGGGUCUUCUUCCUGUUCCCGGGCGCCAUGAUCGCCACCUCCGCAGUGGCGCUGUACGCCUUCGUGGAGACGGAGGAGAACUACUUUUACAUCCACAGCAUCUGGCACAUGCUGAUCGCGGGCAGCGUGGGUUUCCUCCUGCCGCCGCGGGCCAAACCGGACGCCAAAGUGACGCCGCUGAAGCGUCGUCGCGGCUGCGGAUACCAGCUCUGCGUCAACGAGCACGAGGAGCUGGGCCUCGGCGACGCCGGACUCAUCUCCAUCAACAGCAUCUGCACCAGCUGA